ACAUCAAUGUGGUCUGUGCAAACAACUCUGUGAGAGUGACAUGGAGGGUGAAUCCGGAGCUGGUGCCGUAUGCAGCUCGACUCUUUCUUGGAAACUGCAUGGCAUCUCAGUGGAACGUUCUGCCCUCUGGAGAGGGGGAAGCACAGUUCAACUAUACGUUUUCCGAGUGCAAGUUUACUAAAAUGGUAAAGGGAAAACGCAUAUUCUAUCAGAAUGAAAUGAGCUACAGGCCACAGGCAAAGCCAAACCCUCCAGAUUUUGUGCAUCCCAUUGAAUGUGUUUACAGAAGACCCAAGGAUUGGAUUCCCCGAUUCGUGAACCCUGGAUAUGGGGUUUCCGAGGGUCACGGCAGGCUGGUCUUCCACAUGGCGCUUCUCAAUGAGGAGCUAUCAAGCAUAGCAACGACGAACAUCAUUCCUCUGGGCUCCCCCAUGCCAAUAUGGGCAGCAGUGGAGCAGAAGUCUCAUCAGCCACUGCUGUUGCUCAUGGAGGAAUGUGUCGCAGCCCCCACAGCUGAGCUGCGGCCUGGCAGCCAGGUUUACCCACUCAUUGGCAACAAGGGGUGUCUUUUAGAAAGCAAAAAAGGAAACUCGAUGUUUCUGCCUCGGUACCACUCGUCUUCCAUCAUCCUCUACCUCCAGUCCUUCAACUUUGGUUUUGGAGAGGUGUACAUCCACUGUAAACUGGCUGUGUGGGAUCCUCAAAAUUUUGCCGAAAGCAAGAAGGCCUGUCAUUAUAUAAAGGGAACUAACAG